ACUUCACUCACUCUAUAUAUAGGCCAGCAUCGAGAGAGGUCACUGCUUCUUAGGGAGCCCACAGUGUUAUAUACGUCUGUGUUAUUCAAACUGCCAAUAUGGCCCAAUGUGCUACGUGUGUGCCUCGACUGUACAAAAGCGUCAUAGAAGAGGUGAUGGCAAAUGUGCGUGAUGCAUUCCUGGAUGAAGGCAUUGAUGAACAAGUUCUGCUGGAGGUGAAGCAGUCAUGGGAACAAAAGCUAGCCGCUACCCGAGCAACAGAUCACAGUGAAGCUCUGGCUGGCACCAACCAGCCGCCCAAUUUAGCUCAGCAACAGCUGCAGCAAACAGCUCACCAGCAGGUAGCAAGUGGGCUUACUGGAACAAAUCCUCCUCCUCAAACAGCUCCUGUUGUGUCAACUCCUGUGAACCUAGUGCCAGUGCAGAUCACAGUGCCUGCCCAGCAAGCUGGUGGCACACCUAAGACAAUCACCAUUCACGUGCCAUCAUCAGCCCUUGCCAACGGUGUUGCUGGCAAUCAACUGCAAUCCAUCCUUUCAGCCCCAUCGGCCGCCCAGACCUUCGCCAUGGAGGCGACACAAGCAGCUGAAGUGAUCCAGCGUCAGCUGAAUGCCGCCCUGCAGCAAUGUGGCGUGACGCUUCCUCCACAGCUCCUGCAGUUUGGCUCCCAGCCACAGGUGGAUGGCGCCGUGGACUUGCCUUCAGGUACUCGUCCCAAAAGUCGUAAGGUGAGCAGGAUAUCGAGCAAGAAGGCCAAUGGAGCUCACUCAUUGGUUGCUGGAGAUGCGUCCUUGCUCGAGUCUGAGGAUGGAAACACACUUGCAGUCAUGCCUGCUGCUGCUGCUGCCGCUGUCGCCACCACCACCAUUCAGUCUUGCACACGUGACGACACAGCAAUUAAAGUAUCAGCGGACAGAGCUACGUUGGACCGACUGCUCAUGGAAAGGCUUACUCUGAAUCAGACGGACGGCGGGUGUGACGACAGUUCUGAUGAGAUGUCGGGCGAUGAUGACGACGAUGACGAUGACAAAGAAGAGGAGGAUGAGAAGGAUAAGAAGUACGGCAUGGAUGAUGAAGAGGAGGAAGACGAUGCUGGCGAUGUCAAUGAGGAUCCGUUGAAUUCGGCGGAUGAUUUGAGUGAUGAUGAAGGCGGCGAGGCAUUCGAAACUGACAACGUCGUUGUGUGUCUCUUCGAUAAGGUGACCCGUGUGCGCAACAAAUGGAAGUUCAACCUCAAGGACGGCAUCAUGAACUUGAAAGGCAAAGAUUAUGUUUUCUUGAAAGCCACUGGGGAAGGCGAGUGGUGAUGUGUCUAGAAAUUUUGUCCUGCUCUGGAACUGGAUUUCAUUCGUUCCCUUAAGCCUGGGGUGAUACUCUGGUCAUGGAACUUGUGGCCAUCUGAAUGAAAGGAAUCUUUUAAUCCGUACAUUUGAAGUCUAUUACUAUUUACGUUGAGGACGGUGUGGCAUCUGUGCACUUAUGAAUGAUGUAUUCUUUAAAUUAACCACAAAUCACCGUAUGUGCUACUCAGGUUAAUUUAAGGUUGAGCUGCUUCAACGUGGAUCAUUAGCCAAUGUCGUUUGUUCGUAAAAGCUUCUUAAUAUAGAUCAUUAUAUGUUCAUUCAAAGUUUAAUGCUUCUAGCGGUUAUGUUGGGCAUAUUUUUUGUCAUGAACCAAUUAGAAAAUGGAGUUUAUUUUGUGUGUCAGAAGUGGAUGUAGUAACGUCGUCAGAAGUCGCCAGGUGCAAAUGUAAUCAGUUGUUUCAUUUGUGUACGUUCUUUUAUUCGUUAGCCUAAGUAUUUGAGUGUGACGGAUUGCUAAUUCAAGUAUCAUAUAUUGAUAUUUUUCCGUCUCCAUUAUAUUCUGGAAGUCGGAGCGAAAAUUUUCUUAUUUUAACUAACAUCCUGGCGGAUUUUUAUUGGCAGUGCGCAAUAUGAUCGACCCUCUUUUGUUACACAUAAUUUUUCGGAACUCGUGAUCGAGUUGAUGUACGAUGACAAUUUUCACUCUGUGUGCAAACGUACUUACGACUAUGAUUGAAAUUAAUGCUAAACAGUUGAGACUAGACAUUCCAGUUACUGACCAGUUAUUCAUGAGGAGUCAUUUCAAUGAUGAUGAUUUUUCCUAUAUGUAAUCAGUUAAAUAACUCGCGUCUUUUGUAGGAGUUGAGUGUUCCUCUAUACUUGUGCUUGUUGUCAAAAUUCAUCGAACCAGAGGAUUAUUUUAUUGGGUGCCCUUUUUCGUCUCUGGGUGUUAAGAGUCUUGUUUUCUGCGGCUUUGAAAAUUGAAUUCCUUCUUUGAUCUUUUUUUUCCAUAACCAUGUUUGAAAUUAUUUAUUUUUUUUCAGUAGGACUGCAAUAAUAGUGUAAAUAAUGAUGCCCAUUAUUUAACAUUAUUAUCGAAUUGUGAUAUCCUGUAAAUAGGAGCGGUGAUUGGAGCGUAAAACGUAUUGGCGAGAAUAAUGUUUGAUACUGUAUGUGCCUAACGCCAUACGACGUUGUUAUUCUAGUUUCAGAGCGAGUUCUAGUUCAUAGUACCUGAAUAAGGGUAUUGGAGGUGGGAUUAAAUAGUGAGUUGGAUUCUUGUUUUACCUUGGUAGCGUUUCUUCAUUCCAGUCCCAGUUUAGUUCUUUGUUGUUAGUCUUUUCUAUGAUCGACUUGCAGUUGAAUCCAUCGAUGCCUAAAGUUUGUCGCCGUAGAUUUUGUUCUAAAUCUUUUUAUCCUGAGUUACUCUACCAAACCUCUAGUUAGUCUAGUAUAUUCUAGUGUAAUAAUAUGCAUGCAACUCCACUGCUCAUGAGUGAAGCAAUCUCUUCCGUUUGGAUUUGUCACCAGCCUAGUUUAAACUCAUGCCGUCAUUUUAGACGUUUGCACUUGAGUGAUUAUUUUCAGUUUUAUGUGAAUAUAUUGACUUUUUAGUCCAACAAGCUCCCACAUCGCUAUACAUGAAAUUAAUCCUCUCCCCACGCGUAUGGGACAGGUUGUAAGGUUUUAAUUCGUAUUGUUUUUGUAUUUUGAACUGCGUGAGGGCUUCGUUGUGUUGAUCAGAUUAAUAACUGGGCGAUUUGAAUAUUUAUUUAGAAUUUUGUUUCUUUGCGUGUAAGCAAAGAAGAGGGUUUACUUGUUGAGCGGCACGUUAGGAUAAACUCAUGAUAUUGCGUUGCGCACCUGCUUCUUGCAUGGUGCCAUGUGUGAAUAUCACUCGCUAUGUCAACAUUAAUGAUCGUUUGUUCAGUACAGAGAACUCUAUGAAUGUUGCGUAUUAAAAGAUUCAAAGUA